AAAUAAACAACAAAUAUUUUCAAUGUUGAUUAAUGAUGUUAAAUAUAUAUAAAUAAAUAAAAAAUAUCAUUGUUGAAUUUGUCGUCUGUAAAAAUUGUCAAAAUAUAAAUUUAUCAUUUAAUCAAAUAUACGCAAUGUACUCAUUGUAAUUAUGACGAUGAUGACGAUUUAAGAAAUGUUUCUUAUCAGAUUUUUGUACAGUCGAAAGGUCACUAAUUUAAUUAAAAAAGAAUACUUAAAUUCUUCUUUUAUAAAAAAGAAUACAUAUUCGACUUUUAGCAGUUCAAAAAUGGCUUUAAGUCCCACUGAUCCGAAUUCUUUUUCUAGACCUGAUCUUGUUGGAGUUACUCAUCAUCAUUUGAAGUUAACUGUGAAUUUCGAGAAGAACACUUUAAAAGGUCAUGUAAUUUUGGACGCAGAAAGGAAAAAUAAGACUGCAGAUUCUUUGAUUUUGGAUGUUCGAAACAUUACAUUGUUAAGUAUAACAAAUGAAAAGGACAAUUCUAAACUCGAUUACAGCGUUGGAGAAACAGUUUCAUUUGGAUCUAAACUAAAUAUUAAACUACCUACUGAAUCUGAAUGUGAAGAUGGCAAAACAAGGUAUAAAAUUAAAAUUGAAUAUGAAACAUCAUCCAAGGCAACAGCAUUGCAGUGGCUGGACCCUAAACAAACUUCCGGAAAAAAAUAUCCUUAUCUAUUUUCACAAUGUCAGGCAAUUCAUGCACGAUCAAUGAUACCUUGUCAAGAUACUCCAUCAAUAAAAUCCACUUACAGUGCUGAGAUUACAACACCAAAUUGGGCAACAACGUUAAUGUCAGCUUUACAUGAUGGAGUUGAAAAUGUUGGAAACGACAUGAAACUCAGCAAAUUUCAUCAACCAGUUCCUAUCCCUUCGUAUCUGAUUGCAAUUGCAGUUGGUGAUUUGGUUUCAAAAAAAGUUGGACCUAGAUCUUCGGUUUGGUCAGAAAGGGAAUUAAUCGAGCAAAGCGCAUUUGAAUUUUCCGAGACUGACACAAUGCUACGUACUGCCGAAGAAAUUUGUGGUCCAUACGUUUGGGGUGUCUAUGAUCUUUUGGUUCUUCCUCCGAGUUUUGCUUUUGGCGGAAUGGAAAAUCCUUGUAUAACUUUUGUAACGCCUACAUUACUUGCGGGAGAUCGUUCUUUGGCCAGUGUUAUUGCUCACGAAAUUUCACACAGCUGGACUGGAAAUUUGGUGACAAAUGCCAAUUUUGAACAUUUUUGGUUAAAUGAGGGCUUCACUAUGUUUAUUGAAUAUAAAAUAGAUGGACGAAUGUUUGGCGAAAAGCAAAGACAAUUUAAUGCCUUAAUGGGUCUUUCCGAACUCAGGGAUGCAAUUAAAAGUCUAAGUAAAACUCCCGAAUUGACUAAAUUAGUGAUCAAUCUCGAUGGAAUUGAUCCUGAUGAUGCAUUUUCAACAGUGCCUUACAUGAAGGGUCAUACAUUCCUCUAUUAUUUAGAAGAACUUCUUGGCGGUCCUCAAGAUUUUGAAGCAUUUUUAAGAGAUUACUUUAAAACUUUCAAAUACAGGAGUAUCGUAACGUCAGACUGGAAAAAUUAUUUAUAUAAAUACUUUUCUAAUAAGACUCAGAUUUUGGAUUCAGUGGAUUGGGAUUCUUGGCUUAACAAGCCAGGCAUGCCACCUGUAAUUCCGAAUUAUAAUAAAGACUUGUUGAAUGCUUGUAUUGAACUUGCUGAAAAAUGGAUUAAUUGGGAUGAAAAGACAGCAGUACCUUUUGAAAAAUCAGAUGUUAACAAUCUAAGUGCUUCACAGAGAGAACAAUUUAUAACAGUUUUGUUUGAAAAUAAUGCAACUCUCUCAAUCAAGAAAUUGGAAAAAAUGCAAGAGAUUUACGACUUUGAUUCUGUACAAAACUGUGAUAUUAAAUUCAUUUGGAUUCGAUUAGCAUUAAAAUCUCGAUGGGAGCCUAAAGUUACGGAAGCUCUUGAUUUUGUGUCAAAAUAUGGUCGUAUGAAAUAUCUUCGACCAAUUUAUCGUGAUCUUUAUGAAUGGAAGGAAAUGCGGCAAAGAGCAAUAGACAAUUAUUUGAAAACAAAAGAUCAAAUGAUGUUUGUUACUGCUGAAAUGGUGAAAAAGGACUUGCACCUGGAUUAAUAUUGAAAAUUGUUUUUAAAAUAUUUUUAAAAAAUUAUUACGUUCUACGUUUUAAUAAAAUUUCGUACAAUUUUAAUAAACUAAUUUUUUCAGAA